CAGGGUUUGCCGGUAAACGAUGAUCAGAAUACAUGGAAAAAGAGUUUUGGCGGUUUUAGCCUUUUUGAUGGCAAUUUAUGUAUUUUUCCAACUAGGACUUAUACGGAGUACCCGUUCCUCCUUCUCUGACAUUGUUCGUGAACAACCAGAUGUCGAAAACCACGUGCGGCAGACGCCAUUACGAGAACUGAAAAUGAAUUACACGACAACUCCUACUUCGCAAAUCAAUUACAAAUCAUUUCUUAUAACCAGGAGAUCUUGUAUGCAACAUUACGAUCUUCUUAUCAUUAUCUCAUCCGCUCCAGGUAAUUUCGGAAGAAGGAAUAACAUUCGUAAGACAUGGGCAUUCGAAAGAUCCGCAAAACCAAGAUGGACGUCCGUUUUUCUGGUCGCUCAAACACGGGAUGAAACAGUUUCAAACGUGUUGCUUGACGAAGAUGAAGCUCUUAAGGACCUUGUACGAGCUAGCUAUUAUGACCACUACUGGAAUCAAACCCGAAAGAUACAAAUGGGCUUCGAAUGGGCAGUAACGUAUUGCAAUUUCUCGUUUCUUUUGAAAUUGGAUGACGACGUUUUCGUGCACGUUCCAAGAGUUCUCUCCUUCUUAAGCGCACCCACCACGCCGAAGAAGAUGUUUUACGCUGGCAAUCACUACACAAAUCCUGUUCCUUUAAGGGAAGGUAAUUUCGGAAGAAGGAAUAACAUUCGUAAGACAUGGGCAUUCGAAAGAUCCGCAAAACCAAGAUGGACGUCAGUUUUUCUGGUCGCCCAGACACGGAAUGAAACAGUUUCGAACGUGUUGCUUGACGAAGAUGAAGCACUUAAGGACGUUGUGCGAGCUAGCUAUUACGACCACUACUGGAAUCAAACCCGAAAGAUACAAAUGGGCUUUGAAUGGGCAGUAACGUAUUGCAAUUUCUCGUUUCUUUUGAAAUUGGAUGACGACGUUUUCGUGCACGUUCCAAGAGUUCUCUCCUUCUUAAGCGCACAAACCACGCCGAAAAAGAUGUUUUACGCUGGCAAUCACUACACAAAUCCUGUUCCUUUAAGGGAGGGUAAAUGGAAGGUAACUUACGAGGAAUAUAGCGGGACGAGAUAUCCAGACUUUUGCCCCGGUUUUGGAUACAUUUUAUCUCACGAUGUUGUGCGCGCAUUUGUUGACACUUUCUCUUCUUUGCCGUUCUUCAGACUCGACGAUGUUUACGUUGGCAUGCUAGCAAGUAAGAACGGAAUAAAUAUUACAAACAAUGUGGGUUUUGAACUAUGGCAUCCGCCCCAAUAUGUAUGUGUUCCAACAAAGAAUACUUUAGUCAGGCAUGAUGUAGGGGAAGAGUGCCAAAUAAAAAUGUUUAACUUAGCCAUUUUCCCUCAAAUGGCACUUACCCACAGGGCCAAACAUAUUGGCAAUGAGCCCAUUAGGUAUGGCAACCGACUGAAACUUGAGAGCAUGUACUCUCUUGUGCCCAUUGUAAACGAUUCUCUGCAUAUCUCCUGGUUUGGAGAUCGGUCGUACGGUACCAUCAACAAAGCCAAAACAGUUGUCUAGAGCUGCUCCUUUUUCUGUGAUGACAGUGGCAUAUUG